AUUAUUUCUCACCAGUUGACUUCAAUCACCUAUAUACGCCACCCACUGCACUCGCAAAGUCGCAAUUGUAUCCAAUUCAAACUCAUAAACCCCAAUUUCACACUUGUAAAACCAGAUCAUGUGCUAAACAUUGAUAAAUAUUAAUUAUUUAGCGUCUUUUGCUAGCAACUGUUUCAGUUCUUCUUCAAUUUCUUUGUCAAAGACUUCAUCUUUCUCAUCAUUAUGUGCCUCAUUUUCUUGCUCUAUUUGGGAGAAAUUGUGGGCAGGUAAUCUUUUGCAGACAGGUUGACUUUGAGCUGCAUAAAGCUUGGUAGUUUGGAACAUCAAAGCAAGAAGCUAUGAAGUGCUUUGGGUCAUCGAAUAAUGAAAAACAGGGUGAACAAUCAAAAACUCCAACGAAAUCUGUUCGGUCAUCAAGUUCACUAUUCACAGAUUCUGAUAAUCGACGUUCUAUCGCCUCGGACCAUAGCAUAAAUUCACCUGGUAGCACAAAUUUUCCGAGUUUUUCACAAAAACCGAGUAAUCUUAGAGUUUUCACGUUUUCUGAACUCAAGGCGGCUACAAAGAACUUUAGCCGGUCAGCAAUGAUCGGUGAGGGUGGGUUUGGGUGUGUCUACACGGGUCUCAUUAAGAACCCUAAAGAUCCUAAUAAACGGUUAGAAGUGGCUGUUAAACAGUUGGGCCGAACAGGAUUACAGGGGCACAAAGAGUGGGUAACCGAAGUGGACGUUCUAGGAGUGGUUGAGCACCCGAACCUUGUAAAACUGAUCGGUUAUUGUGCAGAAGAUGAUGAAAGAGGAAUGCAACGGCUUUUAGUCUAUGAAUAUAUGCCUAAUGGAAGUGUGGAGGACCAUAUAUGUUCAAGGUCCAGUUCGCCUCUCUCAUGGACCAUGCGACUCAAAGUGGCUCAAGAUGCUGCUCGUGGGUUGACGUAUUUACACGAGGAUUUGUUUUUUCAGAUUAUAUUUAGAGAUUUCAAGUCGUCUAACAUUCUGCUAGAUGAGAAUUGGAACGCUAAGCUUUCCGAUUUCGGAAUGGCUCGGUUAGGUCCACAAGAAGGACUCACUCAUGUCUCUACCGCGGUAGUAGGAACCAUGGGAUACGCAGCUCCAGAAUACAUCCAGACCGGUCAUCUUACAUCCAAGAGUGACGUAUGGAGCUUCGGAGUCUUUCUGUAUGAACUUAUAACGGGUAGGCGUCCACUGGAUAAAAACCGACCCAAGAACGAGCAGAAGCUUCUAGAAUGGGUGAAACCCUACCUAGACUCCAAAAGGUUCCGGAUAAUCAUCGACACAAGACUCGAGGGUAAAUACUCGUUAAAAUCAGCACAAAAGUUGUCGAUUAUAGCCAAUAGGUGUUUGUCUCGAAACCCGCGAACACGGCCCAAGAUGAGUGAGGUGUUAGAAAUGAUUAACCAACUCAUCGGGGGGCCGUCACAAACAACCAGCCCGGCACCACAGAAGAGUCUGGGCCCCGUUGUUGCUAUCGAGCCGAAGAAAGUUUUCGUGGAGCCUCUACAGAGUAAAAAGACGGAUGAAGACACAAAAACUAAAGCCGAAAAAGGGUCUCCUAAGGUUGUUCAACGUACCGAAUCUGGUUGUUUUUCUUCACGAUGUGGUCCGAAGUUGUUGACGUUUUGUUGAUUAUGAACAGUCCGGGAAUCGGUUUUGCAGCGUAUGGUAGUAAAUGACGUUAUUGCCCCUGUCGUCCGGUUUAGAAAGGUGAAUCCUAGGUUUUUAUUUGUGUUGUGGAUAUAAGUUAAGUGAAGUUGUGUAGUCUGUGUGCAUUAUAGGAAGUUAAAUGAGUCUAUGUAUGCUGCAUUUUGUAUUGUAUACAUUGAUUAUGUCAUGCAAUGUCUGGGCCGGUUCAUACUGCAAAA